AGAACAAGCGCUAGGGUUUGUGCCUCUCUCCUAUAAAAGCAAUAGAAAACCCUAGCUAGCCACUCCAGCAACGAGGAGGGAAGUAUAGAGGGACCGUCGCGCUUUCGCAGAUCUUCAUCGUCUUCUCCCUCUCGCGUCUGAGGAAAUGGUCACCUUCAGGUUUCACCAGUACCAGGUUGUGGGUAGAGCCCUGCCCACUGAGGCAGAUGAGCACCCGAAGAUCUAUCGAAUGAAGCUGUGGGCCACCAAUGAGGUCCGCGCCAAGUCCAAGUUCUGGUAUUUCCUGAGGAAGCUGAAGAAGGUCAAGAAGAGCAAUGGCCAGGUUCUUGCGAUCAACGAGAUUUUUGAGAAGAACCCUACGAAGAUCAAUAACUAUGGGAUAUGGCUCCGUUACCAAAGCCGAACCGGAUACCACAACAUGUAUAAGGAAUACCGAGAUACCACACUGAAUGGGGCUGUGGAGCAGAUGUAUACCGAGAUGGCAUCUCGCCACAGAGUCAGGUUCCCCUGUAUCCAGAUCAUCAAGACAGCCACUGUUCCGGCCAAGCUUUGCAAGAGGGAGAGCACCAAGCAGUUCCACAACUCGAAGAUCAAGUUCCCGCUGGUAUUCAAGAAGGUUAGACCACCAACCAGGAAGCUGAAGACCACCUACAAGGCAUCAAGGCCCAAUUUGUUUAUGUAAUACCGGCAGUUGUUGAUCUGAGUUAUAGGGUCGUCGAUAGUUUUCGUGAACACUCAGCAGCCUCAUUUUUCCCCCCUUUCUUUUGUGAGAAGUUUGUCAUUUAUCUUAGGACAUCGAGCUCUUUGGAAUUUAUCCUUGUUUUCUUCUACACUUUGGGUGAUCAACGACUUGCUGUGAUGUUGGCUUUUUGCAUGUU